GCCCCGCGGGCCCCCCUUUUUGCACACACACGAAUACAAAGAGCCAUACGACCUUCGGUCUGGGGUCAGGGUGACACCCAUUGUGCCGUGGUACAGGACCUGCCAAUAAAAGAGGGUCCAAGUGCAGGCGGGGAAGCUGCCAUGAACUCUGCGCUCUGGCACCAGUUUUCUGACUCCUCCACAGAAGCCAAGACCUGGAGCCAGGGAGCUUCUGACCACCUUGCAUGAGAAAGGAAAGUGCAGCCUGAGGCCCUGGCUUCAACCUCGUGAAGUCCACUUGACAGAGCAUCGGGUGGUGUGACCACAGCUACUGUGUGCAUCAGCUAUGUCCUUCAGUGCCACCAUCCUCUUCUCCCCUCCCAAUGGCAGCGAGGCCAGAUGCUGCUGCUGCGCCUGUAAGAGCGAGACAGGCGGGGGCAGCACAGGGGCCCAGGGCGGGGGUGCCCCUGCCAGCACCCCCAUCACAGUGACCGGACACGGCCUGGCGGUUCAGAGCUCGGAGCAGCUCCUGCACAUCAUCUACCAGCGGGUGGACAAGGCAGUGGGGCUGGCCGAGGCUGCUCUGGGCCUUGCACGCGCCAACAACGAGUUGCUAAAGCAGCUCCAGGAGGAAGUGGGUGAGCUACGGCAGGGGAAAGUGUGCACCCCCGACGAAGAUGGGGAGAGCCGGGCCCGCAGCCCUCCCCCUGAGGAGCCCGGGCUGCUCAAGGAGAGUCCGGGGGAAGCCUGCAAGGCCCUGUCGGCCGUGGAGGAGGAGUGUGACAGCGUGGGCAGCGGCGUGCAGGUGGUGAUCGAGGAGCUGCGGCAGCUGGGGGCGGCCUCCGCCGUGGGCUCUGGGCCCCUGGGCUUCGCGGGCUCCCAGAGGGACUUGCGGCUCCCUGGAUGCGCAGAGGCAACGCCGCUGCUCAACCCCCUGGUGGAUGAUUAUGGGGCCUCUGAGGGUGCAGUACAACGAGUGUUGGUCCCUGCUUAUGCCAAACAGCUUUCGCCAGCCACACAGCUGGCUGUCCAGAGAGCAUCCUCAGAAACAGGACCAGAAAAUGGGACCAAGCUGUCAGCAACCUGCCCUGAGGACAUGCUUAGUGCUGCCCCAGCACUGGAUGGUACCCUGGAAGUGCUGGGCCCUGGGAGCACCUGUGAGCUGAGACGCUCUCUCGGAUUUACUGCCUCCCCAUGCAGGAUCAGAGGGAGUGGGCAGAAGAACUCCAGGCGCAAGCGAGAUCUGGUACUUUCCAAAUUGGUCCACAAUGUGCAUAACCACAUCACCAAUGACAAGAGAUUCAAUGGGUCUGAAAGCAUUAAGUCCUCUUGGAAUAUUUCAGUAGUGAAAUUCCUUUUGGAAAAGCUCAAGCAGGAGCUGAUGACCAGUCCCCACAAUUACGCUGAUAAGGAGCUGAAAGGAGCCUGCGUGGCCUACUUCCUGACGAAGAGGCGCGAGUACCGAAACUCCCUGAACCCUUUUAAAGGCCUAAAGGAAAAAGAGGAGAAGAAACUUCGAAGCCGCCGAUACCGGCUUUUUGCCAACCGAUCCAGUAUCAUGAGGCACUUUGGACCUGAGGACCAACGCCUGUGGAAGGAUGUGACAGAAGAACUGAUGUCAGAUGAGGAGGACAGUCUUAAUGAGCCAGGUGUGUGGGUGGCCCGCUCUCCCCGUUUCAGGGCCCAGCGCCUUACCGAGCUCUGCUACCACCUGGAUGCUAACUCUAAGCAUGGCACCAAAGCCAACCGUGUAUAUGGGCCUCCCUCAGACAGACUGCCUUCUGCUGAAGCCCAACUCCUUCCACCCGAACUUUACAAUCCUAAUUUCCAAGAAGAGGAAGAGGAGGGAGGCAAUGAGAAUGGACCUAUCUCUCCAUCUUUCGACCAGCCCCAUAAGACCUGCUGUCCUGACUUGAACUCAUUCAUUGAAGUCAAGGUGGAGAAGGAUGAGUAAAGUAUCAAGAAUAACUCUGGCUCCUGCCACUCCCCAUGUCCCAGAAAUGGAUGGCUCAGAAUGAUGAGAUGCCUUCUGCAGUCUGAAAAAGCAAAUCUCUUCACACAGUUUCUGAUUGAAUCUGGAAGCUUCCAUGGGCUUACAUAGAAGGCACAGGAGGGAGUGGGUUCCCCCACUGAAUGCAAGCCAGAAAAUGCUUAUUCCUAAGCAUAAACAGUGCCUCGGAGGAGCCGGGGAUGAAAAAGAAGGAUGUGUCAAAGAAACACGAGGCCUUGAUAUAUGUCCCUGUCUCUGACUCUGUGUGUGUGUGCAUGUGUGUGUGCGUGUGCGUGUGUGUGUGUCCCGUUUCACCCAAAGCUCAGGAGUAGCAGUGCCUGUUGUACCUUUUGCUUCCCCAUGACUGCAGGACAGCCUUGCUCUGCAGUGGAUAUUGAACUGAACAGGCCAAGGUAAUACUGCCACCUGGUGGGAAGUUUCAGUCAUGGGCUUGACUCUUCUGAGCAACGUAGGCUUAUCACUAUUUGGAAUUGGGAUCUAUGUAUUAUGAAUAUUGUUUUGUUUUGUUAAUGAUAGUUGUUUGUUGGAUUAUAUAAGGAAAUUUUUUAUUAUCCAUAUCUUACA